UGAGCGGACGGACCCCAGCCUCCAGCGGAACCCAAUCUAGCAAUCUUUCGCCUCCUCGCUCGGUGCCUGGGUCCCUGGCCUCCCCGUCCGCCCUCCGCCUCCGUCUCCGUCUCCGCUUCCCCAAUCCGCCGACGCCACCGUUGGUCUCCAGUUGUACAGUGUUAGGCCUUUGGCUCUAAGCUAUUCUGGGAUUCAAGAAGUACGGAAACAUGAGCUACUUCCAAGCUACAAUACACAAGCCUCAUAUUAUGCUCACUGCAUACAAACCAGUAGAUGGUCUUGGAAGGACCUGUGAGCUACUUUAUCAAGAUUCUCUAUGCCCACAUGCUACCAGAUCUUUUAAGCUGGUGGAGCAAGUGUAUCCAAGGCUUGUUCUUGUUUCUGCUUGCCAUAAAAGGCUUGGUCCUGUAUAUGCUUCGAGUGGGAAAGAAAACCCUAAGAUUAGCAAUGAUCCAUUUUCAAUGGAAUCAUUGAACAAAGCAAUGGCAGAAGCAAAAAGGCCAAGGUCAAUUCAAGACGUGCUGAUGGAGCAAAUGGCUAAGAUUGGAGGACUAGGCUCUGGUGGAAAUGGAGGAAACAAAAACCGUUAUGGACGUGGUGGUGGUGGUUCUGAUGGCCCAGAGGACGAAUCUUUUAAGCAAUCAUUAUAUGAGAUGAUCCAGAUUUUGAUAGCAACUGUUGCGUUCAUACUUGUGUAUAUCCACAUAAUAAGAGGGGAGGAAUUAUACCGCCUUGCUAGGGACUACACCAGAUAUAUGGUUACUGGGAAGAGAACAGCUCGACUGAAACGUGCAAUGCUAAACUGGCGCCAGUUUUCUGAGAGCAUCACCAAGAAGGAUGAUGCGCAAGAAGACUACUACGGAAGAUACACUUCUGAAUCCACGUGGUGGCAACAGCCCCAACAGCUUGUUCGUCGUAUGGAGGAGGUCUGCAGAGGCUAUUUGCGCCCGCACGCGCAGGAAUCGUAGUUCGGAGGUCGUACUGUUUGGUCGGCCUGAGUUUUCCCGUUGCGUUGAUGAGUUCGCCCGGGGCUGUGGAAUACUGUACGUAUGUGUUCUCUCUUUUCGCAACCAGAAAAGAUGGUUGAUUUGUCACUUAUCAAGAAUCAAGACCCGGCUGCUGUACCUGUGAUGGUCUGUCGGUCAAUGAGAUGCCGGUGGCAACUUGAAUGCUACGUCUGACGGAUCAUAACUACAUACUAGAAUGUACCAGUACCAAAAGACAUUUGUAACUGCUACCCUGCAAGCAUUGAACUUUUUGUGACAAAUGUGUUGUUCAACCGUAUUGGUUUCACUUUCC